CAUGUGUACAACUCGUCGAUGAUUCCAUAUUAGAGAUCGUGUGCGUUUUAAGAUGGCAGACAAUGCAAAUAACGAAGCGAUGUUGUUGUUUUUCAUCGUCGCUUUUUCAGGUAAAUAAAUACUUUUAAUGAACUGGUAUACAGCGAAAAACACAAUAUUGUAAUUUUGAUAAUGCAAAUGAGUGGCAGUCACUUUACGUUUCAGUUGUUUUUUUUCUAGGAGUCCUAAGCUUAAACACAUCCAGGGAUAUAAAUAUGGUGGAAUACCCCGAACCAAUCAAGAUGACAAUUCUUGGCGAAAAACUCGAACUUCAAUGGAAAUAUCAAGUCAACAAAUCGGGAAAUAACAACUGGAAAAUUAGUUUGUAUGAAUACAAUUACAACAGUGGCACAAAAACCAAAAUUUUGGCGCUACUUCAGUCUGGAAUAACAAUUUCAAAUCCAAACUACUUGGCCCUUGGGUUGCGAAAGCUUAAUAUGGAGCUUUCAUAUGACAAGGCUGAGAUAUCCAUACCAAAUACAACAUUUGACGAUUCGACAACCGGUUAUGGAAUUAUAUUUCAAGCCAGCGAUGGCAAUGGUGCGGAGGGGUAUUUUGAAAAAUUCACUGAAAUCAACAUUGUCGGUAGGUUUAAAAAAAACACAAAAUUCAUAUCUUCUUUAAGUUCUUCUUAAAUUAAUUUUCCCAAUUUCCCCAUUUUGUUAAACAUUAUUAUUCAAAAAUGUUUCCAAGAAUGAAAGGUGAAAUAUUAUUAUAUUGUUUUAGGCACGUGCAAGUUAACUAUCAAUGAAUGUAAUUUAAAACGCAUUUCGUAG